AUGUCUGCCGCGUUUGAGUCCUCACAGCCUCGACCGGUCGUAUAUUUGGAUGAAUCCUACAUCCAUCACCAUUACUCGCUCCAUAAUGACAGCAUUUACCACCCAUGUGACGCCUUCGACUCCAAGCCAAGACACAAGGGACGGAGACUGUGCUUCAUUGCUGCCAUCAAGGCAGAUGGCCGUGACAACUCGAAACUCUUGACCUACGAAGCGUUUGAAGGUGGACGUAAGCAGCCCAAGGACUACCACGCCAUGUUCAACCAUACCUUUUUUGUGGUUUGGUUCUGGCGCCUCCUCGAUGACGUUGAAGCUCUGGGAAAGUCAAACGCGAUCAUCGUUAUGAUGGAAGCUUGUGUGGCGCUUGGAAUUCCAACUGAGCCCAGGGAAUAUCGUUCAACGCUAUGGACCAAACUCAAGAAACACGUCGCAGACAACGUCGUACCUGUCAUCGUGAAGAUGGCGACGGACCGCGGCCAUGACGUCAUCUUCACGCCGCCAUAUCACUCCGACAUGCAACCUAUUGAAAUGGUUCGGUCGUAUGUCAAUGGUGGUGUUGGUCGUCAAUACAAUACCUCCACCAAGUUCCCCGACGUCCGCGAGAGGCUGGAUCAUGAAUUCGAUCGCCUUCCAAGCAGUGUGAUCUACGAUUGCAUUUGUCAUACGACGCGUAAGGUUGUGGACCUGUCAGCGUACCCACAGUCUUUGGACGACGUCGACGACGCCGCGGGAUCGUGCUUUUCGUCGGACAGCGAGAGCGACAGCGAUGGCGACAGUUGUGACGAUUGUGACUUGGCUGAUUUCGACAGUCAUGA